AUGCCUCACGCAACCCGCAAAGCCCCGGAGGCCGAGGACGAUGCCGACUUUGACGAUGUGAUGCGACAACUGAACAACUACGGAGACAGCGGCCCCUCUCUUGAUUUUCUAUCGCGUGAUCUGGAAGUUGGCGAAAAGGCGGAUGACGCGAUCGAUUACGAGGACUUUGACGAUGACGAACUUCCGGAUGAAGAAAUAGUCGGGCCCCCGACUACGACCCUCCCUGCAGCACAAGACGGUCAAGACCCUUUCGCGAACCUAGGCUCAGAUGACGCCGCUCUCUUCGGGAAUGGCGAUGAUCUUUUCGGUGAUCAGCCAGAUGCGGCUCAGGGCCAGGAUGACAACCUUGACGACCUCUUUGGCGAAGGCUCUUUUUCGCCGCCUCAUGCUGGACAGGAGGACCCUUCCCGUGGUCUGUUCGAAGACGAAGAAAUGCCACUCGCGGAUACGUCCAUGGAAUUGCCACCCCUCUCGGCAGCUCCGCAGGCGCAGCCGGAAGAAGUCAUGAUGGACGAGGAUGAAUUCGCGGAUGACGACAGCAUCAUGUCUGAGGACAUGAACCCAGUUGAACUCCGCGCUUGGAAACUCCAACAGCAGUUGUUCGCCAUGUCAGGCGUUGAAAACCCGCCUGCUCCGCUUGAGAACCGCGAAGAGAUUCUACAUUCGUUGUUCCCCUCCUUCGAUCGCAACACUCUCCCACGAUGGCUGGAGUUGAUUCCUCACAAAAAAGCUAUUUUUAUUGGGAAACAGCCCACCAAGCCGCCUAAGCCUGUAUUGCCCACUAAGGUUAAUAUUGAGCUGGCGCCUGAUCAUGAACGUACAUUCCGGACCGGUCAGCCCCUCAAACGUGGCCUCGAUCAUGAAGCUCAUGGCCUGGUGGUGAUCACACAAUCCUCCCCAGAGGACGAAGAAGAUGAGGAGGAGGACACAAGAGAUGAGAUUGACAUGAUGGAUGUGGACGGUGAAGUGUUGCCCGGUGGUUUCACCAUGCAAGAUCUUCGAACGAUCUGCGUCGACUGGGAUGUCAAAGAUGAUAUCUCCAGUGUUGAUGAGGAGGAGAAGCCAGUAGCAGGAAACAAAGAUACUUUGUUCGACGACGAUGACCAGGAUUGGCUUGUGGAAAAUGAGGUCCCUAACAAGAAACGGAAGACAGGCCCAACUCCGAUGGAUGUUAUUGCUCUGUCACACAUCGAUAUCCCAUUAUUGGACGACCCGCAACAAGCAACAUCGAAGAUUGCAAAGAAGGUCAUCAUUGAUCUCAAUGAUCCUAACAUUCUCGUCGAUGAAUUAAGAGCUGAGGCCGUAGCCAAUAAGCCGAAGCACGCUGCUCCUCGCACCAGGGAUGAAGUGGACCUGAAUUUGACACGCCGUCUCACUCAGCGAUAUAACAUCUCGAAUGAUCAAGCAUAUGACAUGCUGAAGCAGAAUCACCAGAACAAGAUUCGCAGUACUCUUGGCAACGUGACGCUUGAGCACGCUUUGCCUGCCUUGCGUUUGCAGUGGCCCUACUACAAAACUGAGUUGGCCAAGGCUGAAGCUAGAUCCUUCCACCGACCUGCCAUGGCCUUCCGACCUGGCCAAACGUCUUGGUUCAAGAACCCUGCUCACUUUAAACGCAAACACUUGCGUGGGAAGGAUGCGAAGACAGUCUUUGACUCUACUCAGUCACUGUCUAUGGGAGACAACUCCAACGUUCUGCUGGUCGAGUACUCUGAGGAGCAACCCAUGACACUCGCCAACUUUGGAAUGUGUAACCGAUUCAUCAACUAUUAUCGUCGAAAGAAUAUCGAUGAUCCCACUCGCCCGAGGGCCGACAUCGGCGAAACAGCUGUGCUCUUGCCACAAGACAAGAGUCCUUACUCGAUCUUCGGUCAUGUUGACCCCGGCGAAAUCUCUCCAGCAAUCUCAAAUUCCAUGUAUCGCGCACCUCUUUUCCAGCACCAACCCAAGUCAACGGACUUCCUUGUCGUUCGCAGCACCACUGGAGCCAAUGGCAGUAACUACUUUGUGCGCAACAUUGAAAACUUUUACGUUGCCGGACAACAAUUCCCGUCUGUCGACAUUCCUGGGCCGCAUUCGCGCAAGGUGACCACAGUCGCCAAGAAUCGCAUGAAGAUGCUGGUUUAUCGUCUAUUGAAAAAGAGUCCCGAUGCGCGACUCGCAAUCAGUGACGUUACUGCUCAUAUUCCAGGCACUACCGAUAUGCAAAAUCGGCAGAAGGUGAAGGAUUUCCUUCAGCACGACAAAGAUACAAAAUAUUGGAAACCAUUAGAUCCAGUUCUCCCUGACCAAGAUACAAUCCGCUCAUGGGUCCAGCCGGAAGAUGUUUGUCUUCUGGAAUCUAUGCAAAUUGGACAGCAACAUCUCCACGACACCGGUUAUGGCAACGAUGCCGAAACUGGCGGUGAAAACGAAGAGGACGAAGAACACGAGAGCUUCGAGCAGCAGAUGGCUCCCUGGAAGGCGACUCGCAACUUUUUGCUGGCCUCCCAAGGUAAGGCCAUGCUGAAGCUCCAUGGUGAAGGAGACCCCACCGGCCGUGGCGAGGGUUACAACUUCAUCAAAACAAGCAUGAAGGGUGGCUUCAAGGCCAUUGGCGAAAGUGUUGAGGACAAGCUGGACGCACAGCGACUCAAGGAACUAGGUGGCCACAGCUACAACGUUGCCCGUCAACAAAAGUCAUACGAAACCUCCAUCCGCCGAAUUUGGGACGCUCAAAAGAGCAGUCUGUCUUCCACCAUUGAGCACUCCGACCAGGAGAGCGAUGUCGACCAAGGAGACGAAUACCGCGACCAAUUCAACAAGCCAACACCUCGCUCCGAAGCACCAACACCGGGUCCCUACCGUCGCGACGACGAGACCACCUCCCAAUUUAGCAAAAUGAGUUUCAACAGCCAGCGCGGCAAAGUCCUGCGCAUCACCCGCCAGGUCAAAUUAGACACCGGCGAAAUCGUCGAAAGGGAACAACACGUCUUCGAUCCCCGCGUCAUCAGACACUACAUUCAACACCGCCAUCACAGCGAAGCAAUGCACACGAAACUCGAAUCUCUCCAGCCGACUGGCGACCCGGAAGUCGACGCCCGCAACAAGAAGCUGAUCGAGGCCGAACUGGGCCGUUUAAACAGAAACAAAGAGCGUCGUUUCGCCCGCGAGAAACAAAAGGGUAUUCCCCGUUCCGGCGACCCCGAUGGCAGACCUGCUGGUACCCAGCGCAAAUGUGCCAACUGUGGGCAGGUUGGUCAUAUUAAGACGAACAAGAAGCUUUGUCCGUUGCUCAAUGGUACUAUGAAGCCUGAGGACCGUGUUACGGAUUCGGCUUUCUCUAUGAGCGCGCCUGUUCUGUGA